CGCGCUUAUAAAAUCUCCGUCAGUUAGCCGAUUCUAGUUUUUGCAGAAUGAACUAGGGCGCUGAUGAAGUCAACAUGAUGCUCUAUGGAAUAUCAAUUCUUUGUGCUCUGGGUUGCUUCGCCAGCAAUUCUGCAGGAUCGCUUGGAGCUCUUCCGGAACCACAGCCACGCUUUUCGGUACCUGGUAAUGGACGCCGGCUGGGAACUCAAGUGCCAUUUGAACCAAUCUACAUCCCUGUAGCAGAAACACCGGUAUCCCAGAGCAUAGAAUCGGCAAUUUCUCCUCUAUUGUCUCGAAAUGGUGGUGGCGGGAAUAGGGUCCAAAAUAUGUUGCAAAUUCAAAAUGCACCAAAUGUACCAUUUCCCGGAGGAUCCACUGGGACAUCUCCAAGAACACAACCCAGAGGUGCAGCACAACCAUCAAGGGUUCCAGUCAUUAACUUCAACGAUUUUAUGGCUUUAAUUCGACGAAGUGCUUUACGGCAAAGAGGGCCCUCGGCUCCCGGACAGGAUGUGACGUAUGUCAACCUUGGAUCUUUAAUUCCAAAUGCCCCAGAAGUUGCAAUACCCAGCAUUACUUUACCAGAGUCAUUAAGAGGAAGUUCUGGUACUGUUGUUUCCCACGCAACACGUGUUAUCAGUGGUGCACAAGCCCCUCUGGGUCCAGUUCAAGUACCAUCGUUAAGACAAGGUCGUUCCUCGAGUUUGUUAAGCAGUGCGCUUGCAAACAUCAAUCGGAUUCCUCAGGUUCCGCUUCACCCAAUAGCUGCUAUUCAUCGAGCUUUAUCCGGUGGUCGUAUCUCUCAUAUGGGCUCUGUACAGCAUACCUCUGUAACCUCACCUGGGUCUGGCUUAAUACAUUCGGGUUUAAACCCCAUUCAUCACGCAGUCAAUGCCUUACGUCAGGCAGCUGCCAACAACGGUCACCGCAUCGCAAACGCUAUCCACCAAUCUUUACCCAAUCCUGGUCGGGUAUCUGGUUUAAUUCAUCCCUCAUUAUUACGGUCACUGCCGAAUACAGCGUCAAUACCAAACGUUCCAUUCCAUCCAGCAUCAGUAUUAAACACAGCUGCAUUUCGAGGUAUAGGUUCAAUACCAAGAGUUCCAAUCUCUAGCGGCUUACACCGGAAUAAUAAUAAUAACAUCAAUAGAGGUGUGUCGUCUUCGUCCUUUGCAUCUGGAUUUGUUCAUCAUCAAAGAGGAUUUGUUCCUUCUGGAUCCUUUAACAUUGCUUCAGGAUCCUUAAACGUUGGAUCGACAUUUCCGCGUAAUAACCCUUUAAUGUCUAGGGCGUCUACUGCUCCUUUUCCUCUCAGGAGUAGCAUUCAUUCCAAUAUGAGACCAAGAAUGUCAUCUCCUUUAUCCAGUCGUAGAACAGACCUGCCUACGCCUUUAACAUCAACUUUCAGACCUAGAUCAAAUUUUCCAUUUACAGUUAAUAGAGUAAAUAUUCGCGUAAAUAGAAAUAACAUGAUUCCGCAAACGGUUAAUUUUGCUCAAAGGUCUGUACCCCGAGCACCUAGUGGACUGGAUAAUUUUGUACGUAGUACAAGCUUUGAUGACUUCCUCCACAGGCCUUCUUCUACCAGUGAUACUUUAGCUAGUAUCCGUGGAACCCGUAGAAUUGGGGACUUUGAUCCUAGAUCUACCAGUAGAAGCAACGAUGUUUUCCCGUCGUCCAGUUCACGUAGGUCCCCAGUAAGAUUUGAUGAUUUUGUAUCACGUCCUAGAUCCAGAGACCUACCUGUAGGACGCUCACCGGUAGACCAAUCAUCUUCUCCAAGCAUACCUAAUAACUUCCCAUCCAGAGCAACAUUCGAUGACGUCCGCCCUAGAUUUUCACACAGACGGAGGUUCUCAAACCAAGAUUUUAGAGAUCCAAGAGAUGGAUUUAGCAAUGCAACUCCUCGUUCAGGCCAUUUUGAAAAUAGGAGAAGAGAAACUUUCCCUCUUGACAAUAGAGGUGAAUCAAUAAGAAGGGAAGAUCGACGUUCUAGAGAAUUUAAUUUGCCGUCACCUCUUGAUGAACGUAUACAAGAAAAUUUCAUUAGGGAUAAUUUUGCCUUUCCAAGGCAGUUUGAUCCCAUUUCAAGAAAUCUAGAUCCAGUUCAAAGGGAUCAAAGACGAGGAAUUGUGAGACCUCGUGCCAUUAUUGUACCACCACCACCACCACCGCGCGUAGAUACUCGCGAUCAACGAAAUGAGGCUUUCUUUCCAUUCCAUGACGAUUCAACUCGAAGACUGUCAGACACUCAACCUACUGUACGUUCUUCUAUUUCUAUACCAACUGGUAACAUAAGACCUAUUGGUAUAGCUGUCCCUGCGCCAAGUACACUAUCACAAAGUCGAUUUCCUUUUAUUCCAUCAAGGGCUUUACAACCGCCCUCCCGUAACCAACCUAUUUUCCAAAAUCUCAUUCAGAGACCCAUUCGUCCAAUUGAAAAUCCUAUAAAUGACUUUAGUAGACCCAUCGGUAUUGCCAUUCCUCGAAACCGUCAAAGAGUUAGGCCAACUGGGUUUAGAUCUAAUACAGGCACUUUUAGAAGACGUUUUCCGUUAGACGACCCCAACUCUAAUAUAGAACAAAAUCGCUUUGAUGCUCGAGAAAAUAGAUUUGAUGCUCGAGAAAAUAGAUUUGAUCCUCGAGAAAAUAGAUUUGAUCCUCGAGAAAAUAGAUUUGAUCCUCGAGAGAAUAGAUUUGAUCCUCGAGAAAAUAGAUUUGGCCCCGAAGAUAGACUUGACCGCACAGAUGGCGAUUUUGGAGAACAGAGAUUCAGUCCGAAUAGAAGAUUUAGUGAUCCAAGAGAUGAUCGUUUUGAUGAUCCUCGAAACAAUAGACUUAGUCCUGCUGACAGAUUUGAUGAUCAAAGAGAUGAUAGUUUGAAUGAUCGAUUCAAUGAAAUGAAUAGGAGAUCAUUCACUCCUUUCUCUCAGCCACGUUUCCCAACUUCAAGGAGACCUGAUUCACAAUUUUCAAUAACUCCAGUUUCUCGAGAAUUGACACGUUUUCUUCAUCGAUCCCCAAGAAGGCGACCAAAAGGAAGCUUCUUGAUAUCCUUUCUUCUAAACAUCGAUGAUGUAUCGAAUACAGUAGAUGAUGCUGGUUUUGAUGUAAACAGGGGAGCACCGCCAGGAUUUCAGAAUAGAUUCAUUCCCAGAACUCCAUCAUCGCCAUUCACAGUCAGAGGACCAAUGGGUGAAGAUAUUAACCGAUUAGAGGAAACAGAUAUCUUUGAAAACCAGCGUAGGGGCGAUGUGGAUGAUUUUGAUGAACGAUUCAUGAGGAGUCCCCGACGUUCAUUUAAUGAACGAAGAAGAAACGAUCUUAAUGGUUUAGAGGGAAGACCAAGAAUACCAUUUAGUGGAAGAGAUUUUCCAUCUAGGGCAUCUUUAACACCACCGAUGGCACUUUCACCUGCAUCUCGUGUAUCAAUGCCCCAAAUGGAUCCCCCUAUUGACCGCCGUCCGAUGCCGCGAGCUGAUCAGUUGAUGGAUAUCAGACCACUAACAAGGCCUCAACUAAUAAGGCCAAUUACACCUAGUCCAAGGCCUUUUGGAGUCGCUAUUCCAGAUCCCAACCUUCCUAGAAACCAGCCCUUUUUGAGUGCUGCCAUCGAAGGUCAGUUCGAUGGUCCUGCAUCUGAUAUAGACUUUAACGCCGCAUUCAAUCAAAGGCGACCCAGUUUAACAUCUGAACCUGUCAUUCCAGGAUCUAUGGGGCGGUUGAACUUGCCAGUUGGAUCCCGAGCAACUUCCAGAUCAGUAGCACCAGACAACCGACGCUUAGCACCUUCAAAUAUCCCAGUUCUUGGGAAUACUGCUGGUUUACACAGACGACCUCAUUUUACACCAAGACAACUAACCCAUGCCGUCCCAAGGUUCCCCGAUGCCCCCAAUCCGAGCAGUCUGAAUAUUAGACAAGCACCCCGUUUUGAUAGAAAUCUUCCUAGAAAUGUACCUGGGGUCCCUAACACAGUUCUCCAAGGUCCACGUAAUUUACACCAAAGAGGAUUCUUUUUUGGAGAUAAUGAGAAUGCAGUGAGACGUGUUGAUCCGUCAGUGUAUAAUCCAAGGCAUUUGUAUGUUUCCAAAAUGGCGUACGGAAAAUAUCAGUGAUAGAACCUCAUUCUCAAAAUCAAGUUUCUUUUUUUAUUUAAAGGGGCAUGGACACGGUUUGAGUUGAAAUUUUUUCAAAUUUUAAUUUUCCAUUUUUAUUGUUUACAAAAAAUGUUUACAAUGCUUCACUAGAGUAUUUCUAAUAAUCAACCAAACUUUGAAUAUAAGUUGUUGAGUUACAAGUGAGAUGCAGCAUUCACAAUGCUUUGUUAUGUCAACAAGGCUCGUGUCAUAUUUUUGUUUACAUAUAGAUUGCUUAAUAGAAAACAGCAUGUUUAAAACAAAAUGAGAUGUGCCAAGCACUAAAAACUAUUUAAUUGUGUUCAGAAUUAACUUUAGAAUUGAAAAAAUCUGCUUUAAACGAAACUGUUUACUUGUAUAUUUAACCUAUCUAAACAAAAACAUGGCACGGGUCCUGUUUAAACAACAAAGAAUUGUGAGCUCUGUAACUCCCACGUACCUCGACGACCGACAUUCAAAUUUUUGCUGACCAUUACAAAUACCUUAGUAAAGCAUUCUAAACAUUAAAAAUUGAAAAAUAAAAUGGGAAAAUUUUUCAGCUCAAAUCGUGUCCAUGUUCCUUUAAAAGUGUUUUAAAUCUGAUGUCAGAAAGGUGCUGGUUAAAUAAAAUAUUCAAUGUGAUGUU